AUGGACGAGGUUGCGAAGCUUGAGCAUUUAUCGCUUGUUUCAAAAAUUUGUACGGAAUUGGAAAAUCACUUGGGACUGAACGACAAAGAUUUGGCUGAAUUUAUAAUCCACUUAGCAGAAAAGAAUAAUACCUGUGACAAAUUUAAAAAAGUUUUAAUUGAGAAUGGAGCAGAAUUUUCUGAAUCUUUUAUGGCCAAUUUAUUGAGAAUAAUACAACACAUGAAACCAUCCAAACCACAGGAGAAAACAUCAAAGCUCUCCAGUAAGCAAGAUGAGCUGGCACAGAAAUUUCCUGCUUUGGCUUUGCCAAAUGAAGAGCCAAAGAUAGUGGAUAACAAGGAUCUCAAAGAUGAUGACAUAGUCAGUAGUGCCAUGGCAAGCCUGGAGGAACUAGCACCAUCAAAGAAGUCCACUAAAGAGGACAAUAAAAAGGACAGUCAAUUAUUGGACAGUAACGAUAAUAAAAAGAGCAGACACUCCAGAAGAAGCAGAUCAAAGGAGAGAAGAAGACACAGAUCGCGUUCGUCAAAUCGUAAAGACAGAAGACACAGAUCGAGGUCCUGUUCUAGAUCACGGGAUCGUUCGAGAUCCAGAGAUAGAAGACGUCAUAGAUCCCGAGAUCGCAAAAGAUCUAGAUCACGAGAUAGGAAGUCUCACAGGGACAAGUAUUCCGGUAGAUCUGAUCGAUCCAGAUCGCGGUCAGUAGAGGAACUUUCCAUGGACCCAGAAGUAGGCAAGAUUUAUUCAGGAAAAGUAGCCAAUAUUGUACCAUUCGGUUGUUUCGUUCAACUGGAGGGUUUGAAACGAAGAUGGGAAGGACUUGUCCAUAUUUCACAAUUAAGGAGGGAGGGAAGAGUGGCUAGUGCAAGUGAUGUGGUGUCCAGGGGCCAGAAGGUGCUCGUGAAAGUUCUUAAUAUUGGUGGACAAAAGGUUUCUUUAAGCAUGAAAGAUGUCGAUCAGGAAACUGGUAGAGAUAUGAAUCCUGUUGUGGCAGUAACUAAAACUGAAGAAGAUGAAAAACAUUUGCGGAAUCCAGACAGGCCUACUUCAUUGUUGGAGCUUCAGGGCAAUUGGGAUGAAGAUGAAACUUAUUCCAGGAAGCGUGUGCAAAGGCUAUCUUCUCCAGAAAAAUGGGAGAUAAAACAGAUGCUUGCUGCUUCGUGUAUUGAUAGGAGUGAAUUGCCAGAAUUCGAUAUGGAAACAGGAAUUCUCCCACGAGAGGAUGAUGAAGAAGAGGACGUUGAAAUAGAAUUAGUAGAAGAAGAGCCGCCAUUUUUACAUGGCCAUGGAAGAGCUCUUGGAGACUUGAGUCCAGUUCGUAUAGUAAAAAAUCCUGAUGGCUCUUUGGCACAGGCUGCAAUGAUGCAGAGCGCUCUUGCGAAGGAAAGAAGAGAGCAAAAAAUGUUGCAGAGGGAACAAGAAAUGGAUUCUGUUCCUACAGGCCUUAACAAGAACUGGAUUGACCCUCUACCAGAAGCUGAAAGUAGAACUUUGGCUGCGAACAUGCGUGGAAUCGGCCUCCAGACUCAAGAUCUGCCUGAAUGGAAGAAACACGUGAUAGGUGGAAAGAAAUCCUCGUUUGGAAAGAAGACGAACCUUACUCUUCUCGAGCAACGUCAGAGUUUGCCCAUUUACAAGCUCAGAGAUGAUUUGGUCAAAGCUGUGACGGAUAAUCAAAUCCUAAUUGUGAUUGGUGAAACUGGAUCAGGGAAAACCACGCAAAUCACGCAAUACUUGGCUGAAGCAGGAUUCACAGCCCGUGGAAAGAUUGGUUGCACUCAACCGAGAAGAGUAGCCGCCAUGUCCGUAGCCAAGAGAGUGGCAGAGGAAUUUGGUUGUCGUUUAGGCCAGGAAGUAGGCUACACAAUCCGUUUCGAAGACUGUACUGGACCGGAAACAAACAUAAAGUACAUGACCGAUGGUAUGUUGCUUCGAGAGUGUCUUAUGGACCUUGAUUUAAAAACGUAUUCCGUGAUCAUGUUGGACGAGGCACAUGAGCGUACCAUUCACACGGAUGUUCUGUUUGGAUUACUUAAGCAAGCCGUAGGAAGAAGACCAGACCUAAAAUUGAUCGUCACAAGUGCUACACUGGAUGCUGUGAAGUUUUCACAGUACUUCUUCGAAGCACCCAUCUUCACCAUCCCUGGUAGAACAUUUGAAGUGGAAGUCAUGUAUACGAAAGAGCCAGAAACAGACUAUUUGGAUGCUGCUCUGAUAACAGUGAUGCAGAUACAUUUGAGGGAACCUCCUGGAGAUAUACUUCUAUUUUUGACCGGUCAAGAAGAGAUUGACACAGCUUGUGAAAUUUUAUACGAACGCAUGAAGUCUCUGGGUCCUGAUGUGCCUGAGUUGAUCAUUUUGCCAGUGUACUCGGCGCUUCCUUCUGAGAUGCAAACCAGAAUAUUCGAGCCAGCUCCCCCAGGCUCGAGGAAGGUGGUGAUAGCAACCAACAUAGCGGAAACCAGCUUGACUAUUGAUGGGAUUUAUUACGUAGUUGAUCCAGGCUUCGUGAAACAGAAAGUGUACAAUUCUAAGACAGGAAUGGAUAGUCUUAUAGUGACACCAAUUAGUCAGGCAGCAGCUAAACAGAGAGCAGGGAGAGCUGGAAGAACAGGUCCAGGGAAAUGCUACAGACUUUAUACUGAAAGAGCUUACAGAGAUGAAAUGCUACCUACACCAGUUCCAGAGAUCCAACGUACUAAUUUGGCAACCACAGUGUUGCAGCUGAAGACUAUGGGCAUUAAUGACUUACUGCACUUUGAUUUCAUGGACGCCCCACCAGUAGAGUCCUUAAUUAUGGCCUUGGAAUCUCUGCACAGCUUGAGUGCAUUAGAUAAUGAAGGUCUCUUGACCAGAUUAGGUAGGAGGAUGGCGGAAUUCCCUCUGGAACCUAACCUUUCAAAAAUGCUUAUCAUGAGCGUACAUCUUCAAUGUUCUGACGAAAUACUGACCAUUGUCAGCAUGCUAUCCGUUCAAAAUGUCUUCUACAGACCAAAAGACAAGCAGGCUUUGGCAGAUCAAAAGAAAGCAAAGUUCAAUCAACCAGAAGGGGAUCAUUUAACUUUAUUAGCUGUUUAUAACUCUUGGAGGAACAACAAAUUCAGUAAUGCUUGGUGCUAUGAAAAUUUUGUGCAAAUCAGAACUUUGAAGCGUGCUCAGGAUGUACGUAAACAAUUGUUGGGUAUAAUGGACAGACACAAAUUGGAUGUCGUGUCUGCUGGGAAAAAUACGGUGAGAAUUCAGAAAGCAGUUUGUUCAGGUUUCUUCAGGAAUGCUGCAAAGAAAGACCCUCAGGAAGGAUAUCGGACCUUGGUAGACAGCCAAGUUGUCUACAUUCACCCAAGUAGUGCAUUGUUCAACAGACAACCGGAAUGGGUUAUCUAUCACGAGUUAGUGCAAACUACAAAGGAAUACAUGAGAGAGGUGACAACCAUCGACCCAAAAUGGCUGGUGGAAUUCGCGCCGGCAUUCUUCAAGUUCAGUGACCCAACUAAGUUAAGCAAAUUUAAGAAGAAUCAAAGAUUAGAGCCACUUUAUAAUAAAUAUGAAGAACCGAACGCUUGGCGAAUAUCAAGGGUUCGAAGGAGACGUAAUUAA